AUGUGCAGCUUAUCGCCCAUCUCUUCUGUCAAACAGUUGCAGUUGGACCUACCGCCAAGCUGCGUGCAGGUUUGCCCGUUUGAUCCGUCGUAUUUCAUUGUGGGCACGUAUAACCUAGAGAAUAGCGUUGCUCAAGCCAUUGCUGGCGCAGACGAGGAGCUCGAGGCUACCGAGACUGCGACGAAAAAGAAGCAGGAUCGGAAUGGGACUCUGGUCCUGUUUCGGUUGGAUGAUGAUGACAAGGUGGUUAAAGUUCAAACAGAGUCGCAGCCCUCGGCUGUCUUGGACCUCAAGUUUCAUGGCAACAAAAUAGGUGGCAAAAGCAUUGUCGCUGUCGUCUCCAGCACUGGCUCCCUGGCCAUCUUCGCCCUCAACCCCGAGCGUCAUCCUCUGCUACAACAUCUGGCCACGAGCCGAUGCGACGACAUAGGCGAGGACGUACUGUUUCUACAAUGCAACUGGCACCCUGCUGCCAAACGUACGAUUGCAGUCACAACAUCUAGUGGACUGGCACGACUGUUGUAUCUAGACGAGAAUUGGUGCAUUACGGAGUGGACAGACCUAGGAAUCCAAAACACCCUGGAAGCUUGGUCCGUGGCUUUCUCCGAUUCAACCAACAGCAAAGGGGAAGCAAACCAGCCGACAACUGUUUACUGUGGUGGUGAUGACUCCAUCAUGAGAUACACGUCGUGGUCUUGUAGCCAUGGUCAUGGCGCCCAAACAUCUGAUGCAGUCCACCCCGUUGCUAGCAUCAGAGGCUGCCAUGAUGCCGGCGUAACCGCAAUCCUUCCUCUCCCGCGCUGGGCGGCUGGCGGGGGCCGGGUCGUCUUGACCGGAAGUUACGACGAUCACCUACGUGUCUUGGCGAUACACGACUUGCACGAGAGUCACGGGGCGAAGAAGGCGCAGUUACUUGGAGACAUCAAUCUCGGCGGCGGCGUAUGGAGGCUCGACUUGAUUGACAUGCAUCCCAGGGGAUCACACACCGCGGGGGUUGCUGUACGCGUGCUGGCGUCUUGUAUGCAUGCCGGUGUUAGAAUAGUUGGGAUACAUACGGACGAUGGGCAAACGUGGACAUGUGAGCUUCUGGCCAGGUUUGAAGAGCACAAGAGCAUGAACUACGCCGCAGACUUUGUCCGUAAACGGGACGGCAAAGGGCUGGCAUGCAUCUCCACGAGUUUCUACGACAGAUUGCUAUGCUUAUGGGAAUAUCCGUCCAGUCCAUGUGGAGGCUCGCAGGUUAGGUUGCCGCAGGAAUGA